CGCAUCCCUCCACGCCUGGGAUGAAUGACCUUUGACGACUGAAAAUGUGAGGCCGGAGUACUUCUGAGACUGUCAGGAUGAAUAUUUGGUCCGGAUCCCUCGUGCUGGAGGGGGAGUCUCAGCUGCAAGGUCUACAAUUGGUGGAAAGAUCCGCCAGCUGGCAAUCGGAUAUUGCCAGAGACUCCAUCCUUCGCGUCCGAUGCUUCGUGAAUCCCGCCUUGAUACCACUGUAUGCCCGAGCGGGCCCGAACCUUGAGUUGCACACGAGCGACGAUCGAACGGCACAAUGGCUGAAGAGCCGGUUGCUAGGCAAUCUCUGGCUGGACGAAGAGGAUCUCAAUACAUUGCAGACCAUUCAGUGCCCGGUCGGCCUGCUCGUGCACGUCGAUAAUGCGACACGCGCAAAGGCUUCCGCCUCGGGAACAACAGACUUACUGGUUUACGGCGUGCUGUCAAGCGCCGCGACGUACGAACGACCGCCAACUCCACCGGUGUCUUCCUCGCCGAGCUUGGAUGCGCAUAUUUCCGAUCGGGCGGGGCAAGAACUAAGAAUAUAUGCCGCCCCGCUCUCUACCUCCCUCAUAGCCAGGGCCCAGGCGCUCCCGAGCCCGCCGAGUCCCGAUGGCCUUACAGGCCACGCGCAGUCUUCCGAGUUCCUACCAGACCUCCGCUCGCCGAGUCCCAAGCGGAAGCGGGUGGCGACGCUGUUUGACUCGGUAACGGAGCACCACAAGCGGGUGAGACAGAGGGGCGGGGAAGCCGUCUCGCAGUUGAUGGCACAUUCACGGCCUCAAUCCUCCCACCAGAGCCAUACGAUCCAGAUCAAACGGGAGUCUGAAGAACCCAGUCUUCCGGCCCUGCACCGGGUGGCUGCCCAGCGCUCCAGGUCUCUGUCAGUCGGGGCGAGCCUCAACCCGGGAAAACAGCCAUUGGACCCUCACGGUGAGCCGCAUCCAACUCGCCCGGGAAGUAGUCGAGGCCACACACGGGACAUGUCCCUACGAAGAGUCCAAUCUCAUCAGCUCCGCGAGUCGACCGUGCUGGGAGAGAGGGACGCGUCGCCCAUGCUCCGGUCCCCCGAUGGUGAUCUGAAACCGUCUACGUCGAAAGACGCCGAGACCAUCAUCUCGGAAAACAAGAACAUAAUCACGCGUACUAUCUUGACCUGCAUGCGACUGUACGGCUACAACCGUCCUACAGCUCGCUCUGGGAAAAGCCUAUCUGGCGCAGGCAGUGCGGACCUGGGCAUUCCUCCUGGCGGCGAGGAUAAGGACGGCCGACCCAGGACGAUGGAUGGCAUUGCGUCUAAUACCGACGAGGACGAAUUCAAGGCCAUGUAUCACGCCACCUACCGUGCGUCUACGUUCGCGCUGCGGAAGUACCUGAGGGAGGCGCUGCCUCUGGAGAAGGGCAAAGCCAUGACGUAUAUUGAUGAGUUUCUGAGGCUAUUCUGCGAGGACAAUUGAGUUUGAAUCGGGUCUGUCUGGUACAGACUAUGAUAUGAUUUACGAACGGGGAAUACGGGUAGAGUUAUAGAGCUAGCAAUGAG